AUCAAUUGUUUUAUUAUAACGGCAAACUAACGCUCAGAUCAGCUUUGAUUAUGUGAGUUUGACUUUUUUAGUUUUCUUGUUAAGUCGUUUCUCGUCGUAAACUCGUUUUAAACACAAGUGAGUUAAAAUGACCCAAGAUUUCGCCAAAGAUCUGACGGGAGGUCAAGUUUUCAUUAGCUUUUUGAAGUUGACCAAACUUGACCCAUACCUUUUCUUGCAAGUCUUUGCUAUUGUUAUGCAAGGCGUUACCAUAACUCAAUUAGCAGAGGACAAGAUGUGCAUCAAUCAACUUCAUUUUCCCAAAGAGUACUGUUUAACCCUGACUUCAAAUCACAGUGAAAACGCGGAGACCACAAGUACAUCAAUAUUGGUUCAUGCAAAUUCACUGAAGAACUGGCAAACUGCAAUCGAUACGAUUCCAUCCUCAAUAGUCGCUCUGUUCCUUAGCUAUUGGCUUGAAAAGUAUCCUCAUUACUUGAAGGCAAUCAUGCUUUUACCAAAUCUGGGUGCCAUUCUUUCGAUCUUGAUUCUCUUGUCCAAUGCUUUUCUCUUCAAAGUCUCUUCGUGGGCCAUCCUUUUAGCUAGUGUACCUUCUGGUUUCUCUGGAAGCAUUACUCUGUUAACAAGUUCAUUUUACACUUACGUUUCCUGGUCAACUCCGACUAGGUUUCUGGUUAUGAGAUUCGCUAUGCUGGAACUAUUCAUCAGUACUGGAUCACUUUGUGGUACAUAUUUGAGUGGAAAAGUCCUAACAAUGAAACCCUGGAUUCACGGUCAACCCGAAAACUAUUUAGGAGUUUUGUUUGUUUCACUAGCCUUGUUGGUUACUGCAUUCAUUUGGGGUUUUUUUGUAACUCUUGAAGGUGUUCCUGAUACUGCUGAACAUCUAGCUUGUCGAAGUCACAGAGAAGUCGUUAAAGACGUUUUCCAACUGUCAAGAUUUAAGGAGCUAGCUGAACCAUUGACAGUUAAAAGAUCAGGACGAGACAAAACCAAAUUAAUAAUGGCAAUAAUAAGUGGACUUAUCAUUUGGAGUAUAAUAGGAGGCGAUUAUACGAUAAGUUUCCAAUUUUCUCAGAAAGUGUAUGGUUGGAGUGCUGAAAAGUACUCUACGCUAUCGACUUACUUCAAUAUUUUGCCUGCUCUACUUAGUGUUAUUGUGCCUCAACUACUUAAAUGUAUGUCGGUUAGGGACUCAGCCGUUGGUUUAAUUGGUGCACUUUCAGUCAUUUCAAUGAGUGGAAUCAAAGGAAUUGUUACUAAUGAUGUUGGAUUUGCACUGGCUAAUUCUUUUGGUGGACUUGGCUCAUUAGCUUCUAUUGCUAACCGAGCUCUUGUUUCCCAAAUAGUCGAUCCAGAAGAAACUGCCAAAAUUUUCGCCAUAAUCUCAUCCGCCAAUUCAUAUGCCUCAAUUGCAGCGGCCUACAUUUACACUCAUGUCUAUAGUGCCACAAUGGACUUCCAUCCAGGACUAAUUUAUAAUAUUGCCGCAUUACUCGCACUCAUUCCAGCAAUUAAUUUCCUUGUCAAUGACAUAGCAGCAGUAAUAAGAAAACGGGAAGAACGAAAACAGAAGCAAGUCGAUGUUAAUAACAAUACCAUUUCAUUAGCCGUAAUUUCCUAAAAGCACAAAAAACCAAACUGAAAUGUUUCCGACGCAAUAGCCAAACCAGAAAAUGGAUUCAAUUCAAGUUCGUGCUUAAGUUAACAAAAAUUGUCACUAGUAAGCCAUUGGACCAACUUGCCAAUUUCCUGGUAUCAUUAACCAUUCAAAAGCAUAAUGAAAACAGUUUUUAUAUCUGGAGAUAUUUUAAAGAAAUUUCCUGUCCAUUAAUGCCAGUUAAUUAAUCGUUAAAUUUGCUAUUAUGAAGUCUGUCAGUAUGAGCGCCGUUUUUAUUGGUAAAUAUAUCAGUGGAUAGAUUCUGGUAAUGAAGCCAUGAGUUGACGGUCAAGCAAGUAAUUCUAUUGGACUGUUAAAUGGAUGAAAACAUGUUUACUCAUGUUUGUAGUAACAACUGAAAAUGCUAGACAAAAAUUGGGCAUGUGAUUGCUGACGGGUUCAAAGUAUCUCGAUUGAAAGCCGAUUGAAGAUUGAUUGUUUGGCCCACAAUAUAUUUUACAUUUUGCACUCUCAAUCAUUUCAAUGAGGUGAUCAGAGGAAUCGUCAAAGAAAUCCUUCUGUUGACAAAACCGUUGCUUAUAAGUGUUUGCCGACUUAAAAACAUGCCCGCUGUAACACCUGAAAAUGCUAGACUGAAAUUUUCGCGUGCGAUUGCACCCUUUUUCAAGAUACGACCCAAUGCUGGACGAGUCCGUCUAUUAUUAAUUAUAUUAGGUGGGUCAAGCAUGCGUAGGUUUGACCUAGAGGCCGUGAUCACAGAAAGAUCGAAAUUUUUUUAAAAGAAAGAGAGUAGUCGAAACAUCAUAGUUAUUGACUUUUAUCGUUAUAAACGAACUAGUAACAAAGUUAUUCGAAAUCGUUCAUGAUUUCUUGCAUCAAAAUGUGAUUUUGCAAAAAAGGGUUGUCUUGAACAAAAGAGGACUAUCAGAGCCAUGCUUGAUGAAACGCUAAAUGCUUUCAUGACAAGAUUUCUAGAUGGAUGAACUAUGAAUCGUCAGAGAAAGGAACUACAGUGCAGCCAUGUGUCUCUAGAAAAAUGACCCGAAAAUCGAAAAUGAGUUUUUUUGUGUCGCCUUGUGUUUUCAUUUACCUGAGACAACUUUCAUUCAGCGAAACUAACUGAUAAGCCUGGAUUUAUGAACGGCAAGGUUCAUCGUUUCUAUAGUUACGCCGCAUUACAUAUCAAUUGGUCUUUUAGGUAUUGAAAAUCGAGCUGCAAUAACUGCCUAACAAGCACGUCAUCUCGGCUUUCAUGAUACCGUUACAACACGAUAUCAUAUUUAAGAAUUAGUCUGAAUUCAAAGCAUUUUUCAUCCAUAAACAGGUAGAUUUGUUCCCUUAGACUUAUUUUUGAUAGAAAAUUGUAGUCAGUAUGACCGUGAAAUGAGACAGGAAUCGAUCAAUGUGCUAAAGGCAGCCAAAAACCGGUUUUUCGGUUCAAAGACUGUGGCCUGCUACAGAGUGGAGAUACAACCAUAGCUCCUUCGUUUAUAGUAAUAUAUUAAGACCUGCAAAUCACAUUUACAAUGAAAAGUUAUCUAAAUUAACUCCUUCAAUGUCAGACCUACGCAUGCUUGACCUACCUAAUACUUGUAAAUUUAAAUUUCAUAGAUAUUAUCAUUACAUUUGUUGUUAAAUAAAGUAUUAUCCAAGAUUUAA